GAAGAACACUUCCGGGUCGCGGCUCGUCAACAUGUCGGCCACAGAAGAUGACACGGAGCUGCGGGACCUGCUGGUCCAGAACCUGGAGACCUCCGGAGUCCUGAACAAGCUCAAGUCUCGUGGUCCAUUUGCUCCUGCAGGCAGAGAUGAGGGCAGCAGUGUUCCUGGCGAUGGAGGAGCAGGACAGACUGGAGAACAAAAAUCCUCUGAUCAACGAAAACCUGAAAAAAUGUCUCAACAGCAGAGACGGGCGCCUGGUGGCCGGUCUGAUCGUGGACUUCCUUCAGGUCUUCAACCUGGACUUCAGCCUGGCUGUGUUCCAGCCGGAGAUCAACUCGCUGGACAGUCUGGACAGUCGGGACCUGGUCUGCAGAGAUCUGGGUCUAUCAGAGUCCCAGGUGAAUAGGAAUUGUCCUCUGCUGCUGGAGCUGGUGAGGAGAGGACGACACAAACCCACUGAGGAACCGACUCAGAAACAGAUCUCACUCGCUCGGAAGAAGUUUGACUUCUACGACAAGGACAGGAGCGGCUCUGUUGGAAGAGAAGAUCUGAAGAGUGUCUUCACAGAUCUGAUCCCCAGUGUGAACCAAAACAUGUUGGAGAGCUUCAUCACGGACGAGCUCAGAUCUGCAGACCAAAGCUUCUCAAGCACCAUAGACUUCCAAGUGUUUGUGGGAUUUUACAAGCGUCUCUUCUCCCAGUGCAGAGCUGUGGUGCUUCCGGACUCUGAUGGUGUUCCUGAAGAGAAGAUCCACUCUCCUCCUGUCAGGAAGGACCGGACCCAGUCUGUGGGGGAGCAUCUAGACCUGGACCUGGAGGUGGAGGAGGAUCCUGAGGACGGGGAUUCGUUCUUUGACGACCCGCUGCCCAAACCACAGAAGACAUAUGGCUGGAAGGUGGAGGUGUCCGGGGCCAGAGGGAGUCCAGCAGGGUCCCUGUCAGAGGCCCCCAGAGGAGGAGGAGGAGGAGGAGGAGGAGAAGGAGAAGGAGGAGCAGGAGGAGCAGGAGGAGCAGGAGGAGCAGGAGGAGAAGGAGGAGAAGGAGCAGGAGGCGGCGACGCCUCGGAGCAAAGCCACAGCAGGAAGGGAGCGCCGGCCUCCAGAGAGGGAGGCUCCAGGGACCCAAAGGCCCCCAACGAUAAAACUGGAUCCCUGCAUUUAGAUGACGACGUUCAAUACGACGAUGACUUUAACAGCCAUCGGUCGGACUUCUCGAGAAGCGAGCUCAGCAUCGGGGAGGAGAUCGAGGAAGUUUCCAUCGAGGGGCCCGACUCCAGCGACAAGUUUGAUGACAGCACUCAGGACCUGAGCAUCUCGCAGCUCAGUCAGAGUCACGGGGCCGACUACAUGGAGGAGGUGGCCUGAGACUCCCAUCAUGCACCUCUUUGUUUACGUCUCUUCAGUGAGAUAAUAAAUGAAUUAGUAUUCAUGCAGAAUCAUUUCAGUUCUGUAUCUACAGUAAACACAAAGCGUUCCUCUUCCCGAGGAAGUCGCUGUCGGUACUUCCUGCACACGGCAGCUGAUCUCGGAUCAGUGUCAACGUGAACUUCCUGUUUGUCACGUUUCUGAUUGUUCUAGAAACUAAAAGGUCAGAAACACAGAAGUAAGAAAGAAUUACAUGUUUUAUUAUAUUUAAUAAAAUGUCAUUCUACAGCUUUAUACAUUAUUUGAAUACAAAUUAAAUGAAGAUGCAAAAUCUGUUUGACAUUCAUUAAUUAGUUUGCUGCUUAUUAUUUUUAUUUUAUGAACUAAAGAAGAAAAGUUAUUUUUCAAGGACUUAUGUACAGUGGGGCAAACAAGUAUUUAGUCCGCCACCAAUUGUUCAAGUUCUCCCACUUUAGGAGCAGCGAGGUCUGUGAUGUUCAUCGUAGGUCCGACUAUGAGAGACGGGAAGAAUCCAGGAAACCACUUUGAUUUUUAAAGAAUUCAUUUGCAAAUUAAGGUGGAAAAUAAAUAUUUGUUCAAUAAUAAAAGUUCAUCUCAAUA